UUGUAACGUUACACAUAGUAUGUAUAGGAUUACUUCCUACAGUUUUAAAACAUCAAAGUGAGGUACUUAUUUAGAAAAAUGUACAGUGAGGCACUUAUUUAGAAAAAUGUACAGUGAGGCACUUAUUUAGAAAAACACCUGCUUAAACCUGUCUUAUAGACUUAUAAAGUUAUCUAGUCGCCAAUAAACUGGUAACUUACUGCAGACUACCAGCAUAUAGAGAAGCCUUAAAAAAGCUAUAGGCUGAGCUAUUGGUCUCUUCUUGACCUCCUUGACUUAAAAAGACAAAAGGGUACACUCCCCUCACCACAAGCAAGCGAGCAGCACAACAGCGAAGCCGCUUGUCAACUCUGAACGGUAGGAACAUACCUGUGAAUGAUCUUUUUAACCUUUCUGCUCAGUGUGGUCGACCUGAGCUGGGAGAUUGUAGAAGUUUUAUAGUUUCACUUCAUAUGUUUUGUUCUCGACAUCCUCUUCUGGGUGUCACUGUAUCAUGGGGUUAUAAAUCGUUGCAGUAUACAGAUGUAGAAGAGCAAAGACAGAUAGUACUAAGUGUGUUUAAAGGGUGUUCAGUAUGAGCCGUGAGUAAAAGGCCUGGGAUGAGCAACAGGAUAUGGAUUAUGAGUAGUUUUUCUGUACAAAUCUACAGUAUCCAGGCCAGACUCCAGUAAUGGAUAGAUUCGGGAUACUCAAGCUCUUCAUUUCAGUUUCACUGCUUGGCGGUGUGUGUCGCUGCUGGGAGGUGCGUCUGCAGCGAUCAGUCACAGCCAUCAAGGGUAGCUGCGUGUUUGUGCCGUGCAGCACUGACUCUUACAGUAAAGUAAUCUGGUACAAGUAUAAAAGGGUAGGCUACCCAGUUGUGUACUCCCAAGACACCAGCACCAUAUUGGAUGAGUUUAGAGGAAGGACAUCAGUCCCAGGAAAUGCCCAAGCGGGAAACUGCACUUUAAAGAUUGACAACGUCCGGCAACAAGACAGCGAGGUGGACCUGUACGUGUGGAUCUGGAAACAUAAUGGGAAUGAUAAAGGAUUUUAUGACCAAACCAUCAAAAUAAAAGUCUUGGAACCUGUGGAUCCUCAAAUGUCCGUGGAUAAAACACAGACAAAGGGGAAGGCUUUCACAGCAACAUGUAAAUUCCGUUAUUCCUGCCCCUCACCUCCACCACAGAUUGCCUGGAUGGGUUUGCAAUCUAUUUCUAAUGUAUUGACCCACACGCAGGACGGGGAAGGAUUAUGGGUAACUGAGGCCACUGCUCAGUUCAAAGUAACUCACCAAGACCAGGCCACACAUCUCAGCUGCAAGAUUGUUCACAGUGGACAAUCUUUAUCGAGUAAUUCAGUUUCUCUCAACAUCUUAUAUGCCCCCACGGACCUGAAAGUAGAUUACAUAGGAAGCAGCACUGUUGUUGAGGGUAGCAAGAUCUCGCUUAGAUGUACCAGCAAGGGCAAUCCUGCACCCAUACAAUACGAGUGGCUCGUCACCCAAAACAACACCACCAUCCGCCACACAGGAAGUCCUGUUGUCCUUCAAAACAUCAGGAGACGCACGUCCGUUUCCUGUAUCGCCACUAACUCCGUCGGAAAGGGCGAAUCAAAGCAGCUAUCACUCGAUGUCCAUCAUGCCCCCACAGAUGUGAAAGUAGUUUACACAGGAAGCAGCACAAUCGUCGAGGGUAACAAGAUCUCACUUAGAUGUACUAGCGCGAGCAGGCCUGCACCAACACUCUAUGAGUGGCUUGUCACCCAAAACAACACCACCAUCCACCACAAAGGAAGUACUGUUGUCCUUCAAGAUGUGAAGAGAGACACGUCUGUUUCCUGCAUUGCCACUAACUCCAUCGGACAGGGUGAAUCAAAGCAGCUAUCACUCAAUGUCCAUUACUCUCCGUCCAUCUUGCCGGGCUCAUUUUGCUCCAUGCAGAAAGGAACAUUAAAGUGUGUGUGUCAAGCAGAGGCCAAGCCAAGUGCUGUCAUCUCUUGGACCAUAGAUGGCAGCAGUGUACUUUUUCCACUCUUCAACACCACGACCCAGGCCAAUGGAAGCAUGACUGAGUCAGAGUUGACCGGACCUCAGGGCCACAAUGUCACCUGCACAGCAAGAAACAGUGAGGGCACGGCAUUUACCCAGAUAUCUGUCCACUCUGAAGGGGAUGCUUCAGCAGUGCCGGUGUCUGUGGUGGCUGGGGUAGCCGGGGUGUGCCUCGUCUUAGGACUUGCUGUGGCGGCCAUCAUGAUUUGGAAAAAGAGACGCCAUGUAGAGCCAAGUGGAGACCUCAGCACUGGUCAGAAUGUGAAGCCUGAUAAAAUAUGCCAUGACUACCAUUUAGAGUCAGAUGAAGACCUGUAUGUUAAUGCAGUGCAUGGUCACCAGGCUUAUGACGAUCAGGACAAAGAGUCUUGUAUCUAUGAGAAUUAUGGUAAAACGUCCUGAGUCAUGAAGAGUCAAGAUGGCGACGCAUUUAUCUGAGAACGUUUCCUUCACUAAUGCACUGGUAGUAUUAAAAUUUCUGAACUGAGAAUUAAUUAUGUUUAUCUUCGCACUGUCCAAACUGCAAAUAUAUGACAAGCACAGGGUUUAUUUAUAAAUAGAUAAUAAAUAAGCAGGCUUUUUUUUUAUUAAUUAAAUUUGUACUUUUAAGUAUGUACUUUUGAAUAUCUAUUUUUGUGUAUAAGACAAAACUUGAAAUAAAGG